CCUCUAGUUGGCAACACAAUCCAAAUAUUUUUUUGCGACGUUAUAUAGAUAAUUUAUAAAAAUAUUGGUCAAAAUAAGUUUGGCUGCCUGGUUUACUACCCAUCCAAGUGAAACCAACUGUAACGUCCAUGAUUAGGAAGGCGGGUGCGCACUAUCAAUACGAACCACCCUUCAACAUAGCCGUCUACAUCUAUCAGUUUUCGUUAAAGCUUUUGCUUGAUCCAGCCAAUAAAGCUCCUCAGUUGACACGCACUACAAUUCAAUAUCCAUCGACAUGUCCGACACAGGGCCGUCUUCUGCGCUUGAUGAGUUUCGUGUAACCUGGAAGCGAGAACUUGAGAAUGCUGAAAACUACGAAAUAUCUUCGCAAAUCGCGGCCGAAAAUGAAGCAGAGGGCAAAGCAGAGGCUUACUUUCAAACCGCUGUUGACCUAGAGCAACGAGGCAAGGUGUACGAUGCACUAUCCUUCUAUCGGAAGGCCACACAGAUUAUUCCUGACAUUGAAUUUAAGUGCUACGAGCGACAAAGGCGUCAUAUUGAGCAUGUUAAUUACCAUGGAAUGCACAGCGAUUUUAAUAGACAGAUGGAGCUUUCUAGCGCUGAUGCGCAAGAAGUUAAUGAACCUAAUAUUGAAGGCUUAUACGCCAAGUUCCAGCGGGAUCUUUGCAAUGACGAAAUCUACGCUGGCAAACUCUUGCUAAAUAGCCGAGAUGCUAAUAUUAUUUCAACCGGGCGUAACAUACACAUAUCUGAUCUACCGCCCGAGAUAAUAAUGCACAUACUGCGUUGGGUAGUCUCCACGCAAUUGGAUGUGCGUUCAUUGGAACAGUUCUCGGCUGUAUGUAAGGGUUUCUAUACAUAUGCACGUGACGAGGAGUUGUGGCGCAUGGCCUGUUUAAGAGUUUGGGGACACAAUGUGGGUGUCCUUGGUGAAAAACACGAAACCUGGCGUGAUAUGUUUAUAAAGCGAGAGCGCGUACACUUCCACGGCUGCUACAUUAGCAAAACAACUUAUUUGCGUAUGGGCGAAAAUAGUUUCCAGGAUCAGUUCUACCGCCCCAUUCAGUUGGUUGAAUAUUAUCGGUACAUUCGCUUCUUGCCCAACGGAAAGGUGAUGAUGAUGACCACUGCUGAUGAGCCGCAGCAAGGAGUUGUGAGGCUAAAGGAUGUGCACAAUACUCGUCCAGACGUGUUGCGCGGUCGUUACCGUCUGUUAGGCGAAACAGUUACCUUAGUUAUGCAAAAAACGCAGGCAAAGAAACAAUCCCAUCGACAUCGACGUGGCAGCAUCAUGCCUGCCGACGAAGAUGUCAGUACUCAAUAUAUUAUAGAGAUGCGAAUCCUCUCGCCGAAACGUCGGUUUGUGCAAUUGGCUUGGUUAAGCUACACCUUGGUGCAGAACCGCAACAAGGUAGAGAACCGAACCGUCUUUGAUAUAGGAUCUUCAAAAUAUCCAGCGUUGUGGUUCUCGCCAGUAAAGAGUUAUGAUCUAGUCGCAGAUGCACCAUUAGCCAUGUAAAUAAAAAGUACCUUUUAGCG